AUGCGAGAAAUUCACAUCUUCGGCAGAAUUAUUUAUCGAUUCCUUGGAAAUGCCAAAAAAGUCGUACAACAAUUAAUCGAAGAAAACAAAAUUAAAAUGGAUAAUGAACAAGAAACAAAUUUAUUAGUUAAGAUUGUAUCCAUUAUACAAGUCAAUGCUCAUUCUAUUACAAAGCGUAUACAGGGAUUAUUUCCUAUUGCUUCAAAAAUGAUUCAUUCUUGUUCUCUAAAUGUAUGUUAUACGUCGAAAUAUGAGAAUAAUGAAUUGAUACUAGUGUUUCGUGCUCAAAAAGAUAUCAAAGCUGGUGAUUCAUUAGCAUCCAAUUAUUUAUCUCCACUAGAAGCAGUUACAUCUACAGCACAUCGUCGUCUGUUGUUAAAAGAUAAUUAUUAUUUUUUUUGUACAUGUGAACGCUGUACGGUUGGUGGCGAAACUGAAAUUAAUCCACACGAUGAAAUGGAAUUAAGUAAAGAAAUUGAUAAUACAACAAUAUCAGACAAUGUUCUUGCCACAGCAACAACAUACGAAAACUAUUUAUUGAAAGUUAAAAAUAAAUUUGGUAAUUAA